AUGCAAUAUCCAAUUGGUGGAACUGUUGCACCAUAUUUUUUCCAUUAUUAUAAUUUAACUCGUGAUUGGUAUAAGUUACAACCGGAUUUCAUCGAGAUGAAUACAACUAUCAAAUGUCGAGGAUAUAUGAUUGUUCAACGUGUCAUAUCAGAUAAUCAUUAUUAUUUUAAUUUUCGUGAUAAUGAAAGACGACUCUGCAAGAAGACUUUGAAUAAUUCUAUAACUCCAAACGAUGGUUAUGAUCAAUUCUGCUGCAAUGAUUCGAGAACAUUUAAUAAUAAAACUUAUCAUUUUAUUGACAUCUGCAAAAAGUUCGAGGAAUGGUUUUCCGCACAUCGAAUUUAG